AGAAAAGAGUUAUACAGUACUCAAAAACUGGACAGCCAAGAUCCUUUUUUUUUUGUACAUAUGAUAAAUGAUUCCCUUCACAAAUUAGGGGAAAUUAAUUGGAUUGGUUUGGUUCAGUAUAAUCCAAUUGGGUCUUCCGGGCUGGGAAUUCCUAAUGUUCCGUCUAGUUACUGUUGAUGACCCUGACGUGUCGAACGAUGAUAAUCAAACUGAGGAAAAUUCCAGUAAUGAGAACCCGGAAACGUCUGAUAUGUCAGAAUCAGAUGAAGUGGUGAAAUAUGAGUUGGGGAUCGACGGAAACCAGAGCGAACUCCCUUCCUCGUCGUCUUACGAAAUGCCAAAUUGGAUACGACAGAUGCUCGAUUCGGCAGCUGAGUUCGAUCCCUCCAGCGUUGACGCGUUUGAACAGAUGCAAAUGUUACAUAAUCUUUCUCAAGCGACCGAUGAGCUAGAGUUUGAUGGCACCCAGUGGAGUCCUUCAGAAGAGCAAACAAGAAUCCUAGAAAUGCUUUAUAACGGUGGAAUCAGCGGAGUGCGUUCCCCCACCGUGCAAGAAAUCGAACAGAUAACUAGUCAGCUCAUUAAUUAUGGGAAGGUCGAAGUUACAGAUGUAUACCUGUGGUUUCAAGCGCGUAAGGACCCAGGAAGACAGAAGCAGACAUUAAGGCUCCUCAGCCCAACUGGUAUGGAAGGAUUAGAGAUUACAGAACCUCCCACAUCACCAGAAAUAAGUAACCGGGGAGGUAAAGGAAAAGCAGUUCCAGUUGAAGAAAGAAGUGGAUUAGAGGAAGUGGUUGAUAUGUCAUCGAAAAUGUUUGGACAGAAAGAAGGAAGUGACAACUCCAGGGUAACGUAUGAUAGCACUGGCAAAUUGUUGCCAAUCAACUCUGAAAAACAAUGGGAGCUAAUUCCAUUAGUCGAGGAAAACAUUGAUGUCAGAGCCAACAUUAUUUUUCUGGACAGAGAUUUUCUGGAAGAGCCUGAUCCUCACAUUCCGAGUCAGCGAGAUCCUAGUUUACCAACCGUGUCUUCUUCUACAAGUUCGAAUCGUGAGGAAGAGUCUCGACCUGAAGGUCAGAACAACAUUAAAACUGCCGAUGCUAAGAAGCGCAGAUGGUUUAACUUGUUCCCAUGGUGGCAGAAAAAAUGAUUUGUGGAAUAAAUAUCUCAAAUUGGGCCAUUUUCCAGCCUAAAGAGGGCUCUAAAGAGCUACAAGUUAGCGUUUUAAAGGCAAUGAGGAUAGUAGCUUUAAUUGUACAGAAAUUCUAGUUACCAAAAUCAUUUUCACUCUUGCACAUGCAACGCAAAAUCCUGACUAUCAGUAAUAUGUGUCACUCUGACUCUUUUUAUUAUUUAAAACAGCAUCAUCCAGUUCAUAUCA